AUGUUCGAAGUCCCAGAUGCAAAAAGGGUCAAAAGAUCGGAAUUGUUUCGAGACGACCACGACGAUGAUGUCGACGACACACUCCCAGGUUCUCGGGGGUCGAGAAGAUCUGUAUCGCCACCCCCAGCAACACACUUUAGCGAUGACGGGGAGAAUGUUUUGAGACCAAGCUAUGGGUUCGAAUACGAGUUUGUGGCUGUGCCAAAAGUGUCGUCGCCGAAGCAGAAGACGAAGACGAAGCGGGAAUCAGAUCGAACAGCACCAACAAAGUCCGCAUCUGAAUUGGCGGUCAACCCGCAGCAGGAAGGAGAAGAAGAAGAAGAAGGAGGAGGAGGAGGAGGAGGAGGAGGAGAGGAAGAACCUCUAGAGUUCCAGUUCCGGCUAUUCACCUCGUCAAAGAAGUCCAGGCCUACCACCACUACUUCCGCUACGAGGCCUGGACCUUCUCAGGACGAUGUGACGACGACGACGACGACCAUCGCAGACACCCGGAUCAGGCUAUCACGAACCCCCGAGCCCGCGGCGCUUGAGGAGUCGUUAUCCCUGGAAAACGCGCAUUUCCUCCGUCCUCACCGCCCCGACUCGUACUACUUCACCUCUGCGCUGCCGGACGAGGCCACACAAGCGUUACGGACACAGUACGCCGACGUCGCCGUGUCGACCGCCGACAUCAUCUCUCAAGCAACACGGACAAAAUGGCCCGGCGCCGCGCUCCCGUGGCGGCUGAUCCACGUCCAACUCCUCCGCGGAAAAGGUAUAUCCGCCGGUGCGCAACCGCCCACCUCAUCGACCUCGUCCUCCUCGUCAAGCUCAAAGCGACCGUCCAAGAAACGCCGCAUCCUCCUCCGUCGGCGGCUCGCUCUGCGCCAAGAACUCGCCGCUCAGGCCAAGGCGACCGAGGAGACGGAGCGGGAGAGGCGCACGCGACGGAACCGCGAGAAGAAGGUCAAGCGGAAGGAGAGGGAGAAACGGAAGAAAGUGGAGGGGUCGGAGGUGCCGGAGGGAGAGGGAGAUGGAGAUAGAAAGUCUAUUGGUGGUGGUGGUGGUGGUGGUGGUCAUGACGAUGAAGAAGGGAAAGAAGAUGUUCUCCCUCACGUUCGCCCUCACGACCUAGACGAGAAGCCUGGUGCACAGGUCGCUACGCAGGCGGAUAGCAAGGGCCCAGCAACGAAAGUAUCCGCGUUGGCGUCGACACAUCUCUCUGUUGCCUCAGCUUCAGCGCCAGUACGACGAGCUCCCACAUCCAGGGCACCAACCGCCACGGCUGUGCACCCGAAAGGCCCAACACCAAUCCAUCCCACACGAGCACGCCUGCGACCUUAG